GUGAGUACGCAUUGGGAAUCGGACAAGCAUUGGAAAAGAUGACUACUAUCAACCUCCCGAUCACCUCUCCCAUUACAACCCAUCAUCAUUUUUAGCAUCCACGUGUCCUCCUUUUUCUAACUUCCCCCCUCUCCCCACCUCUGUUACACACACAACACAACACAACACAACACGUAUUUUCUUCUCCAUUCACCCAAACACUCCCAAAUCUCCAUCACAUUCAACGUUAAUUCUUCGUUAUACACACAAAAACGAACGUGAUUUCAUUGGAUUUUGAACUCGGUUAUUAAUGGCGGGAAAUGAGUGGAUUAACGGCUAUUUGGAGGCGAUUUUGGACAGCGGAGCCGGUGCAAUCGACGAGCAGAAACCGGCUCAGCCGGUCGAUUUGAGAGAACGAGCUGCCGAUCAUUUUAAUCCGACGAAGUAUUUUGUUGAGGAGGUGGUGACUGGUGUCGAUGAGACUGAUUUACAUCGGACGUGGAUUAAAGUUGUUGCUACGCGUAAUACACGUGAGCGUAGCUCUAGGCUUGAGAAUAUGUGCUGGCGGAUUUGGCAUCUCACUCGCAAGAAGAAGCAGCUGGAAUUGGGGGAACUGCAAAGGUCGGCAAAUCGCAGAUGGGAGCGGGAACAAGGACGCAGGGAUGCAACAGAAGACAUGUCCGAGGAUUUGUCGGAAGGAGAGAAAGGGGAUGGUGUGGGAGAGCUGGUGCAGAGUGAGACCCCGAGGAAAAGAUUUCAGAGGAACUUUUCGAACUUGGAAGUUUGGUCUGAUGACAAGAAGGAGAAGAAACUCUACAUUGUCCUUAUCAGUAUACAUGGUUUAGUCCGUGGAGACAAUAUGGAGCUUGGUCGAGAUUCUGACACUGGUGGGCAGGUCAAAUAUGUAGUUGAACUUGCUCGAGCACUUGCUAGAAUGCCUGGUGUCUACAGGGUGGAUCUUUUCACUCGCCAAAUAUCAUCACCUGAAGUUGACUGGAGCUACGGUGAGCCAACAGAGAUGCUAACUGCAGGAGCUGAAGAUGGCGAUAGCAAUGAAGCUGGGGAGAGCAGUGGAGCUUACAUUAUUAGGAUUCCUUUUGGUCCGCGUGAUAAGUACCUGCAUAAGGAAUUACUUUGGCCCUACAUUCAAGAAUUUGUAGAUGGAGCUCUUGCUCACAUUCUCAAUAUGUCAAAAGUUUUGGGUGAACAGAUUGGAGGGGGUGGCCCUGUGUGGCCGUAUGUUAUUCAUGGCCAUUAUGCCGAUGCAGGUGAUAGUGCUGCUCUUUUAUCAGGUGCUUUAAAUGUGCCAAUGGUGUUGACAGGGCAUUCACUCGGAAGAAACAAGCUUGAACAGCUUCUUAAGCAGGGACGACAAUCACCGGAGGACAUCAAUUCAACAUAUAAGAUAAUGAGGAGGAUAGAAGGAGAAGAGCUUUCACUUGAUGCAGCUGAACUUGUGAUCACAAGCACCAAACAGGAGAUUGAAGAGCAAUGGGGUCUUUAUAACGGGUUUGAUGUCAAGCUUGAGAAAGUUUUGCGCGCUCGUUCUAGACGUGGUGUCAAUUGCCAUGGCCGUUUCAUGCCAAGGAUGGUGGUUAUUCCUCCUGGUAUGGACUUCAGCAGCGUUGUGGUUCAAGAAGAUGCCCCUGAAGUUGAUGGGGAACUUACAUCCCUUAUUGGUGGCACUGACGGGUCUUCCCCAAAAUCAAUUCCGGCAAUAUGGUCUGAUGUCAUGCGGUUCCUUACUAAUCCUCACAAACCGAUGAUUUUGGCCUUGUCGAGGCCUGACCCGAAGAAGAAUCUUACCACUUUAUUGAAAGCCUUUGGAGAGUGCCGUCCGUUAAGAGAGCUUGCCAAUCUUACCCUGAUAAUGGGGAAUAGGGACGAUAUAGAUGAGAUGUCUGGUGGUAAUGCAAGUGUUCUCACAACAGUACUAAAAUUGAUUGACAAGUAUGACCUUUAUGGCCAAGUGGCCUACCCAAAGCAUCACAAGCAAUAUGAAGUUCCAGAUAUUUAUCGCCUUGCAGGAAAAACAAAGGGAGUUUUCAUAAAUCCAGCAUUGGUUGAGCCUUUUGGGCUUACCCUGAUUGAGGCUGCAGCUCAUGGGCUUCCUAUGGUGGCAACCAAAAAUGGCGGACCAGUUGACAUCAAUAGGGCAUUGAAUAAUGGUCUGCUUGUAGAUCCUCAUGAUCAGCAAGCUAUCGCUGACGCAUUGCUUAAAUUGGUAUCGGAGAAGAACUUAUGGCUUGAAUGUAGAAAUAAUGGAUGGAAGAAUAUACACCUUUUCUCAUGGCCUGAACACUGUCGCACUUACUUGACUAGGGUAGCAGCAUGUAGGAUGAGGCACCCACAAUGGCAACCCGAUACCCCAGGCGAUGACAUGGGUUCCGAAGAGUCAUCUUUCAGUGAUUCGCUCAAAGACGUGCAAGAUAUGUCCCUCAGGCUCUCCAUUGACGGAGAAAAAUCUUCUUUCAAUGGAUCUCUUGACCAUUCUGCUGCAGCUUCAGGUGACCCCGAGUUGCAAGAUCAAGUAAAACAGGUCCUGAGUAGGAUAAAGAAACCAGAAUCUGGCUCAAAAGAUGCCGAAGGCAGAAAAAUUGAGACUGGUAUGAAUAAGUAUCCCAUGCUGAGAAGACGACGUAGGUUGAUCGUCAUAGCUCUAGACUGCUAUGAUGCUGAAGGGGCUCCUGAAAAGAAGAUGAUUCAGAUAAUGCAAGAUGUAAUUAAGGCUAUUAGAUCGGAUUCGUUAUUUGCAAAGAUAUCGGGACUUGCUUUGUCUACUGCCAUGCCAUUGUCAGAAACAAUAGAUUUUUUGACCUCAGCAAGGGUUCAAGUAAACGAAUUUGAUGCAUUGAUUUGUAGCAGCGGGAGUGAGCUAUAUUACCCCGGAACUUACUCCGAAGAAAAUGGAAAACUUUUACCCGAUCCAGAUUAUGCAGCACACAUAGACUAUCGUUGGGGCUGUGAAGGUUUGAAGAAAACUGUUUGGAAAUUAAUGAGCACAAGUGAAACUGGGGAACAGUCUAAGGAAUCCUCCAGCCACCUCCAGGAGGAUGUAAAAUCAAGCAAUGCCCAUUGCCUUGAAUACCGGAUUAAGGAUCCCAGUAAGGUAAUCAAAGUGCAUGACCUGCGGCAGAAGCUAAGGAUGCGGGGUCUCCGUUGCCAUCCAAUGUACUGCAGGAGCUCAACAAGGGUGCAAGUUAUUCCUCUGCUCGCGUCUAGAGCACAGGCCCUCAGAUACAUUUUUGUUCGAUGGAGACUGAAUGUUGCCAACAUGUAUGUAAUUCUUGGCGAAACGGGAGAUACCGAUUACGAACAAAUGAUAUGUGGGGCACAUAAAACCAUAAUUAUGAAAGAUGUGGUGAAAAAAGGUUCGGAAGAAUUGCUGAGAGCUAUGGACUUAAAAGAUGACUUUGUUCCUAAAGAAAGUCCGUUGGUUGCCUACUUAAGUGGAGAUGCUUCAGCCAAUGAGAUUGCCCAUGCUUUAAAACAAGUCUCAAAAGCUUAAUUUUCGUAAUAUAUUGUUCAAUGAGAAUCUGUAAUAUAUUGUUCUUUUUUUAUAUAAUUUAUAGUAAUUUGUAAUUGUUCUGGAUAUAAAGAGAUGAUUAAUAUUCUCUGUUCCAAAAUU